GUCUGUUUAGUUUAUGGCUUGCGAAUUGGGUCGAUUAUGUCAUGGCGGGUUAGAUGUUUUCGGCAGUUGAUUUUAUUGAAUUUGUUUUGAAUUACGCCGUCAAUGAUCUCGUUUGAAACGCUGUCGUUUAAAAAUAAGCUUAUUUGUAUAUUAGUGACCUUUUUAUAAACUAUUCAAAUGCUGAAACGGUUGCAAAUGGGCCUUCGCGCGUUCAUGCUGCUCGCAUCAAAAGUAUGGAGUUGUUUUUGUUAUAUGUUUAAGAAGCAAUAUCGAGCGUUGGCUCAAUAUCAAUCCGUCAAAUAUGAGAUGUAUCCGCUUUCGCCCGUAUCUAGACACAGGCUGAGUCUAGUAAAAAGAAAAAUGCUGGUACUAGAUUUAGACGAGACGCUGAUCCAUUCACAUCAUGACGCGAUGCUGCGGCCGACUGUGAAACCUGGCACACCACCAGACUUCGUGCUCAAAGUUACGAUAGACAAGCAUCCUGUGCGGUUCUUCGUGCAUAAAAGGCCGCAUGUCGAUUACUUUUUGGAUAUAGUAUCACAAUGGUACGAGCUGGUGGUGUUCACAGCGUCGAUGGAGAUCUACGGAGCCGCUGUCGCUGACAAACUCGACAAUGGGAGAGGAAUACUGCGGCGGCGGUUCUACAGACAGCACUGCACAGCAGAAAACGGUUCCUACACAAAGAAUUUGUCGUCCAUAUGUGACGACCUCAACAGGGUGUUUAUAUUGGACAACUCGCCGGGCGCGUACCGGGAUUUUCCAGACAACGCAAUCCCAAUAAAGUCGUGGUUCUCGGACCCGCUAGACGUGGCACUGCUGAACUUGCUGCCAGUGCUGGACGCGCUCCGGUUCACGCACGACGUGCGCUCCGUGCUCUCGCGCAACCUACAUCUGCACCGCCUCUGGUAGUGCACUGUUCUAUAAAAUACCGGCUUUUGUACAAAUAAUGGACGCCACAGGCCUCCUGAACUUAUUUAUUAUUUUGUCACUCGUUAGGCGGUUCAGCUUCUAUUCAUAUAGAUUUAAUAUAGUUGAAUAUUUUUUUUUAAGUUUUGUGUUUACGUAAAUAAAAGUGAUUAUCCGGUGCAAUGUACACAAAAAAUGUGUAUGUUGGUAAGUUGCCUACAUAAGUAGGGCGGAAGCGUUUUUAAAACGCUCUUUGUGUUAUUAUGAACAUGUAAGUGCAAGAAUGAGGGUGGGGUCUCACUGCGAGCGGUAGGAAAUGUUUAGAUGUUCCUAAAUUGAGCUUCAGUAGUGUUUUGCCCUUGCUACAAAGUCAUUUUCUAAUUAUUUUAGCUGCUUAAAUAAUGAAUUAUAUUGUCGAAAUAAUCAAACGCCACUCAAGUUUAAGUCGCGCUUAACCCAUGAUAUGCCGAACGCAGAUCUAAGCGAGACACAAUGUGAUUUCUAUUGUGUCUCAUAUAUCGGCAUAAAAGAGUUUAGGUAUAUUUCUGUCACUAUAAAAUUCUUUGUAAAUAACAAAAUGACACGAUAUUUAAGUACAACUUAAAUUUGAGUAGCCUUUCAAUUUUCGAGCGUAUAAUUUUCGUAUUAACGAGUCCCAUUGAGUUUUUCCAUGACAUUUAUUUAUUUUGAAACAUGAAUUGACUCGAGUCUCUCUUAGGUUCCAAAUAUAUUAUUAAACAAUUGGUACCUAAUCUUGAUGUGUUCAUUGUAUCCGCCUUUGAUGACACGAAUUAAAACUGUUGCCCUUAAAAAACGUGUAGCUUGAAAUUCUUGAAAAAUGCAAUAUUUCGUGUGUAAUAUGAUUUAAUAAGCUUUGUAACUUGCCUUACAUCUGAUUGCCUUCAAAAUUGUUAUCAUGAGUCAGCGAUACGUAGAAGUAAUAUUAAUACGCCUCUGUUUACAGUGAGGCCACACUUUCUAGCGUUGUGUCUGUCUCUUUUGCUCGUAUAGCAGAAUGCGAGACGGAUGAACGUUAAGGCUUCAUUGUUGCACUUCCAAGGGCUGUCUCGAAAUCUUGACCAGAUUUGAAAAAAGGGAAAUUAUGUUAAAUUAAAUCUUCGUAUGAAGGAGUAUACUUAAAUUGCAUGACUGCUGUUAUAAUAAGAAUUGUGUUGUGAAUUUUGAUAAGAUUUUCUGUUGAUUUAUAAUGAAAUUGUUCAAUAACAUUUACUCGUGUUGGCUGUCAUGUUUUUAAUCAGUUGUCUAGGACCGUGACUUUGUAAAAUUUGUAGGGUUUAACAUUUAGAUCAAAUAUUUUAGUAAAAUAAACAGCACUGAUAUGUAAUAUCUUCCAAAAUCUAUAUUCAUCCAUAUUUCUUGACAGCCCUGAAAUAAAAUCAUAUCUUUCUUUAGAUUUAUUAGAAGGUUUUAAAAGAUAUGGCCAUAAUUUGGUACCGGAGAUCUUUAAACCGAAUUUAGUAACCAUUAUUAUGGUAGUUCUUAUUUGAAGGAAAAUCAACCUUAUAAACAACUAAUUAGUGUACAUAUUCAAGAUCGCACAUAAUAUAUCAAUUACGGUCAUAUCUCUUAAUACUAUGAAACGUACUGCCCACCAAAAUCAAAGCUUGCGAUUGUGAACCAUUUUUCUUUUCUUUUUCCCCUCGUUUUUGUAAAUAUCAAAGUAAAAAUUACUUCAAAACAUCAUAUGACUGCACCGUAAAAUCGGAUGUUGCCAGAUUAAAAAAUAAAGAGGUAUAUUUUUACUUGGCAACAAAAGCGAGGUGAUUUGCUCAAACAGUAACCUUUCUAAAUUAUUUGUACCAAUGUUUUAUUCGUUUAUGAAAUAUUGUGGUUCAAUACAAAUAGAAAAACAUAAAAUAUUAAAAGAAUUCUACAUGUUUUGUUCUGAGGCCUUAGCACCAGUUUGUUUUAUGUUAAAAGUAAUCGAAACGAGACUGCAUUCGACGCUCUGAUUGGUUGGUACAUUAGAGCCGGCCAAUCAGAGCGCCGAACGCUUACUCGUUUAGAUUAAUUUUAACAACGUAAAAAAAACUCGUAGUAAUGCCUCUAAAAUUGAUCCUUCACAUUAGGAUAAAAUUGGUACAAAUAAUUUUAAUAAUCUUCCAGUGAAAUAACAAAUGUAUGUAAAUAUAAUUUUUAAUGGACAGUCUUGCGUGAUUUGCCUAUUUUUGAACGCGCAACGUUGAUCUCCUAGUUUUAGUUUUAUCUUUACGAAAACUCUUUCACGAACGCCGAGGUCCAACUUUCAACUUUAACUCCAUUGAUUUUAAUGUUAUUUUCAACUGAACAGAUCUUUGGCAAUAUCUACCGAGAAUAAUAAUAAUUAAUACAUUGUUUCAAAGUAAAAAUGUCGUCGAACUACGCUUUACGUGCAUUAAAUAUCGCUUACAUUUUUAUAUGGAAGAUGUUUAGCUGUAUAAUACUUUUAAAUAUGUUCAUAUAACCCGCAGUUUAAAGCCACCUCAUCCAGCUACGCAGAAUGUUAAAAUUCUUGAAAAAUUUCAAACUUUAGUACAAAACAAUAAGGUUCAGAUUUUAAGGAAUUUGACAGAUAAAGUAAAGUAAAGAGUAAAGCGUAGUUUAAAACAGAAAUAAGAAUUUCCGAAACAUUAAUUAAUUUAAAAAUCGGCAAAUCACUAAAGGUGCGGUUACACGGACAUCGAACUCGGUGCAGUGUGACGCGCCCCAAGUCUUUGUAAGUCACACGUGCUGUGAACUUCUUAAUGACAAUAGGAUAGUGGUACAUAUGCUAUCAGGUACAAAUGUAUGCCGAAUCAUUUACGAUUGAUAUUUUUUCGGUUUUUCUAAAAAACGCUUCAUAAAGUACUCUAAAUUUCAUUUUACUGAGGGCCUUAUGUAAGUAUUUUUACGUUAACGUUACUGCGUUCAGGACUCUUGAUUGGUUGGUUUAUUGGAGCUGGCCAAUCAUAGAGCUGAACGUCAUAAACAUGUCGGUCGCGUCAACGUAUAACAAAUUCGCUCUAGGCUCUUUGGUCUUCUUGUAUCAUUCUUCUGGUGACUGAUUAUACCAAUUUUUUUUUAUCUUUGAUUAGCUUUUUCUAGUGACUUUGUGAAGCGAAUUAAGAAAGCGAAUGUUUCAGUCUUGUUCGUCAAUAAUUUGAAACUGCUGGUGGCUAUACAACGUUUUAGCUUAUUCUUUGAAAAAUAUUUUGAGAAGAUACCAAAACCUUAUAUAGCCAUAAUGGGUUCAUCAAUUGUUUAUGAAUAAGAUUAUUAGAGUUUUAAAACAUGUUAUAUCUACGUCGAGACUCGGCAAGUCUUAGUUUAUAUCACAUUAAAUCGUGUAUAAUGAUUAGUUUGUAUCGAAUUGUUUCUAUAUAGAAUAAACUUCUUUUUAAACCAAAUAGUUGAGAUAAAAUAGUUUUUAGUCAUUAAACAAAUUAUGAAAAUCUGUUAGGACUCAUUUAAAGGUGGUGUUUUGCAAAAACUUGUUUGUAACAGUAAAAAUUAGUAAAGGAUUUUUCACUUUUAUUAAAAAAAAUACUGUAAAAUAUUCAAAUGGUUCACGCCUAAGUAUACGCAAGGUAAACAACUUCAGAUGAGACGAGAAAUUGAAAAAAAAUGUAUUUGACUUUUUUUGUUUGUUUUUGCAAAAAUCACAGUAGCCCUGAACGGACUGUUUACUAAAUUGUCAUACUUUGUCUAGAAUCGUGAUACGUUUGAACGGUAUAUUGGUUGAUCAGCUAUACCUUAUUUUAGUUUAUAAGGUUGAUUAUUCAAUGAUUGUGUAAUAUUAGAACGGGUGUUAUCAAGUUUUAAAAGGUAUCGCCGCGCCGGCAACUUUUGUAUGAGGGAGACGCGUCAGUGCCGAGUUAGAACCACUGUCAUAAUAUUUUAAACACUUUGCCUUUAAAGAUACUAUAACAGAAAAACAACCAUAAUUCUACCUAGGCAACUAAUCCUUAGAAUAUUCUGACAUAGUUGUAACUGGCAACAAAGUAAUGAAUGUGGACGUUAAGUCAUAACCACGUGUUCAUAGACCAUGUGACUCCCUAACAUACAUCUCGGCCUCAAAAAUUACUUAAAUCUUAUCAAGAUAUUGUUAAUUAAGUUUGAUAUAUCUAGUGUGCCCGAAACAGGGCCAUUUAAUGCAAUUUUUUUCAUGUACAUAAUAUACUUUAUAUGUAGCAUAUCAUAGAUCCAUUUUAAAAUCCACAGGGUGAUUCGUUUUACAGUGAGAUUAAAGUCAUUUUCUGUUGACAGAAGAAAACCCAGUCAAAGAUGAUUCAAAUGUUUUGUAUGAAAUAUAAGAUACAACAAUGAAUUUGAGAAUAAGUUACCAUUUACGGAAAAGUAAUUAUAAAGCACUUGCACUCACAUAUCCACAGCAUUAAUACAAACUACUGAAUAUUAAAAUUUAUGCUUAUUUCAAUAGUAAUCACACAGACACGCUCAUGCACCGAUGAAGAAUUUAAUGACAGUAAAAGAAAUCAUAAUUGAACACAUACAAAACAUUUGAAAUAUUGAAGCUACCUGAGUUAUUGUAUUCACAAACACAUAGCACAAUUUAUAACAAUCGAAUACAAUCCAAAAUUAAGUGUUAUUUUUUCUAAAAAUAUUCCCAAUCAUCCUUUAUUUGUAAAUACCGAAAUGGCGAAGGCGCAAGGACACGAUACAACCAAUCAUAGGAAUUUCCAUGUAAAAUUGUAACGGAACAUAAGAAUUUAAAGUCGUUUUUAAAUAUUUUAAACUAUUGUGCCAUUAUAACGAACAGUAUUUCAGAAGUAUUUUUCACAAUUUAGAAUUUAAUGUGGUGUCAAAUUGUUAUAGCAAAAGUAAUCAUUUUUAUAUGAAGUGCUUGUAAUAGAAUUUCCAUUAUAAAGUUACAUGUGUGUGUAUAUUCAAUCAUUCAAAAGCGAAGUACUCAUAUACUUCUAAAUGGCGAUAUGGUUAAAAUAUUUAAAUACGGCAGUGAAAUUUGAUAAAACGUGUACUGUCUAUAUAGAAACGUGGACACGCCAGUAUUGGCGAAUAAAAAAUAUUAAACCAUAAUAUUGCGGUCUCAACUGGUUGUUCAAAGUUCAAAAGCGAUUUGUAAUAUAGAAAUAUUAAAUCGAUUUCAACAAAGA